CGGACAGCCCUACGGACAGCCCUCCUCCCUCCCCUCCCCUCCCCUCCCGCGGCGGGGCCGCGCCGAGCCGGGCCAUGGAGCAGCACCUGCGGCGCCUGCGGCAGGAGCUGCUCUCCAUGAAGGAGGUGGGCGACGGGCUGCACGAGCAGAUGAACUGCAUGAUGGGCGCCCUGCAGGAGCUGAAGCUGCUGCAGGUGCAGACGGCCCUGGAGCAGUUGGACAUCUCGGGGUGCCGGAGCCCCGCGGAGCAGCGCCGGUGCUGCCGGAGCAGCGCGGCCGCGGGGCUGGGGGAGGCGCAGGGACACUGCUCCCCGCCCCGUUUGUCACAUCCCGCUGCAUUCCCAGAGAGCGAGCGCCCCCGAGACACCCCCUCCUCCUCCUCCUCCUCCUCCUCCUCCUCCUCCUCCCGGAGCCUCAGCUCUGGGGAGGGUUUGUACCCCCCAAAAGGAUCCUGCUCCGUGUCCAGCAGAGCGGAGCGCGGCCGGCCCCGGACACUGGAGUCCAGCAGCCAGGGCACAGCUGGGGGGUGGCCGCCGUGCCAGCAGUGCCCGGGAUGUGACGAUGGCCACGACUGGACGUCGUCCCUGAUGUCCCAGAGCAGGAACCGGCAGCCUCUGGUGCUGGGGGACAACAUCUUUGCGGACUUGGUGGGGAACUGGCUGGACCUGCCCGAGCUGGAUAAGAAGGGGGACAAGGGCGAGGCGUCCCUGUCCGUGAGCAGAUCCCAGGAGCUCUGCAGGAAGUUCUCCCUCACGGCCAACAUCUUCAAGAAGUUCCUGAGGAGCGUCCGGCCAGACCGGGACAGGCUGCUCAAGGAGAAACCCUGCUGGCUUCCUCCUGAGGACAAACAGCCUGAGAUUUCCAAGAGGUCCAAAAAGAUCAGCAAACUCAAGGGGACAUUUUACUUGCCCCUUCACGGCAACCUGCAGAGCCAUCACAGCAAAGCAGAGAGGUGCCCAAGGGCAGACGGCCGUGGUGAGCACCCCAAAACGGGCACCAGGAAAGUGCACGACCCCAGAGACUACAGCCAGGCGGGCUUUGACAUCAACACGGCCGUUUGGGUCUGAGCCUGUCCCUGCCCAGCGUUUCCACACCCACCACCAGCUGGAGGCCACACUCACCUGCUCAGGAGGCUCCGGGACAGGAGUCCUGCAGAGCUUCACUCGUGGAAUUUUCUGGAGAGCUACGGCUUCAGGGAUUGCCUGAGCAGCAGCUGGCACAGCCCACGUGGGGAGACCUCUGGGGACCGAUAUUGGCAAAAAUAAUGGGAAUCUUGAGCAGCUUUAGGGCGAGUGGUGCCACAGGUGAGCAGCUCCUGGUGCCAGGACCAUUCCAUCAUCUCCAGCUCAGUGGCUGCAGCACAAAAUCCACGGUGUGCAUGUGUGUGUAUGAGUGUGCAAAUAUAUAUAUAUAUAGAUAGUUUUGUUUAAAAAAAAAAAAUCUAUUCCUGCUUGUGUGCACUGGUUACAAAUCAGGCAUCCCAAGCCUUGUACCUGAAGCACUUGUUAUUUAAAUGGAAAGAAAUACGUUUGAAUUUAUAAGACUUGAACAAUUGCUGAGAUGGGGGGCAAACUCACAGCUUUGGAGGGGUUCCCCUUAAACUGCAUCCCUGGUGCCCUCCCAGCGUCUCUCCCUCCCCUGCCAGUUAAACCAAUGGGGCAGAAGGCUCCUUACAGGGGGUUUAUGACCUGGGGGUCUCGGUGGGUUUGCCCCUCUCCCCUCGUCCCUGUGGGUCACUCCAGGUACAACACUGCUGAAGUCUAUUGUUGGAUUUUCACCCGGAUGCAAAGUUCCGUUCCCCUGUUUCUUGUUGUGUUCCCUGUUGCUGGUGUACAAACCCGUCUUGACAGAACCAAGUUCUCCAGUGUCCGACUCUCCAAGAGUUUCCAAUA